AUGGCCGCCGCAACCGAAGAGCCAAUGCCCAGUGAGCCCUCACGGAUCUUUCCGCAGACCAAGAAUGCGGACUUUCAACGUCAAUUCUCUUUAGCCGCCGAUCAGCGGAUCAAGAAUCCACUCGGCAGCAAGAUGAAGUUCUCCGAAGGUGUACUGUUCAUGAUGAAUUCUUUGACAGGGCUCUCUUUGCUGACCUUGCCCUAUGGCUUUGCGCAAGCAGGGCUCCUCCUGGGUGCUCUCAUCAUCAUGGGCUGCAUGAUCAUCUCGUUUAUCACUGCCACCUUCAUGUGUGAGGCCUUGACCAUCGCCAAUGCGUUGGAGUACGAAGCGGCGGAGAAGCAAGUGCUGGAACACCAGGCGCCGGAAGUUCGACAAGCUCUCCGCGACGCCAUCGACGAGGUGGCACGUGGUGAUGAGAGCAACUCCAUGAGAAAGAAGCUGCUGGACUUCAAUGCCGUAGACUUCCGGCCCUUCCGGGGCCAGACCUUGGAGGUCUUUCAAGCUGAGAACCGUGUGAAGAAUCCGGAUCGUGAGUUCAAGAUCUGCGAGCGCGUGGAGCUGGGAGCCGUGGGGGAGCGGGUGCUCAAGAAAGGAUCGGAUAAGGUCAUUGCUGCCACGAUUUAUGUGAUGAUCCUAAGCUUUACCUAUGGCACGGUUUCUGCCUUGGUGGUCACCGUGAAUCAAUCACUGGCUCAUACACUUCUGGGUGCUUGGCGGCUCAUAGGCUAUGGUGAGCUGAACGCGAAUGAGGUCUACACCUGCUGUGUGAUCGUGGUGUUCUUCAUCACCCUUCCCUUGUGUUUCAAGAAUUUGCAGAAUACCAAGGCCUUCACCGUCGUAAUCAUGUGGUGCCGUUUCCUGGCCAUUGCCAUUCUGCUGCUGGUGGGCAUUUACAAGUGCAUCGAACGACUGGAACGGGAGAGUCUGGGGAGCAUACUGCAGGACGUGCCACUCUGGAAGCCCAGUGGUUUCGUUGCAGUCUUUGGAAACUCGGUCUUUCUCUGUGGCAUUCACCACUAUCUUCCAAGUAUGAUUUCACCACUCAAGGAGCAAACACAGGCUCCCAAGGUGAUAAUCACCGCCUUUUCGUCAUGUUAUCUCCUCAUCGUUUCAAUUUGCGCCACAGCCCUGGUGGCAUGGGGUGAAGAAACCUGGAGCAAGUGCUCUUCGAGGCCUGGGGGGCACUAUUGCCAGAUCCAGCCGUUGUACAACCUCAACUUUGCUCCCUUGAGCCUCGCGGGGGGCUCAGUGGCUUUGUUCUUGCUGGCUUACCCGGCCAUGGCCAUUGCCAGCAUUCCCAUCGCAGCCAUCACCACACGGAAUACCAUGGGUCAAUGGCUUCAGGUGAAACCGCCGGAUCCGGAGGCGGGCGUGUCGCUGUGCUCCAAGACGGGCUGUCUCACGCUGGCGGUCUUGGUGCCACCCUUCACGGUGGCUCUAAUCACCACCGAUGUGCAAGCGGUGAUCCAGUACGUGGGCGGCUAUGCAGGUCUCUCCGUCUCCUUCCUUUGCCCGAUGAUUCUGCUGAUCCGAUGUCGACAGAUCUUGCACCUCGAGAAGGUCAAUGAUUCCACGAAGCGGCCUUUGAAGUCGCGCUUCGCCAAUACCGCUGGCUAUACAGUAGUCACAAUGCUUUACCUUUUUGCACUCUAUAUGGUGACAAAGAGGCUCUUCUUCUCGAACUGA